ACUCUACACAAAUCAAAUGAAACAACCAACACAACUUCCCCAAAAUCUCUAACUCAUUAGCCAACGGUUUUCCUUCUUUCUUUUUCCUACCUUUACCGUCCCACUGCCCGGACCUCUUGUGCAGAACCUGCCCAUCUCCCUCCAACGCCCCAUCAGCCACUGCCUAGCACCAAGCUCCCACUUCUCCCUACCACCACCAUUCCUCGCCUCCUGUUCAGUCUCUUUCAGCCCGCACCUAAGCCUCUAUCAUCCAAAUAUUUCGCUGCCUUCAACAAUUCUUGUUGUUGCCAUCUACACCGAAACUUAAGGGAGGUUUUGUUGUCAUCUACUUCGGUCCCCAAACUGUUGGUUUUUUUUUUUUUUUACCGACUGCCGCAAUUACUCCAAUAUCCUGCUACUUGCUUGUCCAAGGUGCUGUCUACUUCGUUUAUUGUUGCCUUCACCACCUGCUAUUGUCACCUAGUUGCUCUCCAAUUGCAGCCCUAUUUUGGUCUUGUUGUGGCACCAUAUGCCACCAACUGCUCCUUCCAUUCGCUAUAUCUUGAUGUUACCAUUUGUUUCAAAUAAUUGCUGUUGUCGCCGUUAAUGAAAGCUGCUUGUCUGGCCGCCUAUUACUUACUUUGAGGAGAAGGGCAAAGGAAUGAAGAAAAUGAAGUACGUGUUGGUGACUGGUGGAGUAGUCAGUGGACUGGGGAAAGGAGUGACAGCCAGCAGCAUCGGGUUACUUCUCAAGGAAUGUGGACUUCGCGUUACUUCUAUCAAGAUUGAUCCUUACUUAAAUAAGGAUGCUGGAACGAUGUCACCUUUUGAGCACGGAGAAGUUUUUGUCUUAGAUGAUGGUGGUGAGGUGGACCUAGACCUCGGAAAUUAUGAGCGCUUUCUAGAUGUUCAACUGACCAGUGAUAAUAACAUCACCACUGGAAAGAUUUACCAAUUUGUUCUUGACAAGGAGAGAAAGGGAGAUUAUCUAGGGAAAACUGUUCAGGUUGUUCCUCACAUUACAGAUGCCAUUCAAGAAUGGAUUGAGCGCGUGGCGAUGAUUCCAGUUGAUGGAAAGGAAGGUCCAGCUGAUGUUUGUGUCAUAGAAUUAGGUGGAACAAUAGGAGACAUUGAAUCCAUGCCAUUCAUCGAGGCAUUAGGCCAGUUCUCAUGCCGUGUAGGUGUUGGCAACUUCUGUCUGAUUCAUGUCAGCUUGGUACCCGUUCUGAAUGUUGUUGGUGAACAAAAAACAAAGCCCACACAACACAGUGUUCGUGGAUUGAGAGGCUUGGGAUUGACACCAAAUAUCUUAGCUUGUCGCAGUACAAUGGCACUUGAUGACAAUGUGAAGGAGAAACUCUCUCAAUUUUGCCAUGUCUCGGCAGAACAUAUUAUCACUCUUUAUGACGUUCCCAACAUCUGGCACAUCCCUUUGCUACUAAGAGAUCAAAAGGCUCAUGAGGCAAUUUUCAAAGUGCUUAAUCUUCCAAGUAUCACCGAGGAGCCUUCGUUAAUGGAGUGGACAACUAGGGCUGCAAUUUGCGAUAAGUUACAUGAGCCGGUCAGAAUUGCUAUAGUGGGGAAGUACACAGGCCUUUCUGAUACCUAUCUCUCUAUACUGAAGGCUUUGUUGCAUGCAUCUGUUGCUUGUGGUAAGAAACUUAUUGUGGAUUGGGUUCCUGCUAGUGACCUUGAAGAUAUGACUGAAAUAGAGAAUCUUGAUGCUUACAAGGCUGCGUGGAAGUUGCUCAAGAGUGCAGAUGGUGUUCUGGUUCCCGGAGGGUUUGGUGAUAGAGGGGUGCAAGGAAAAAUUCUUGCAGCAAAGCAUGCACGGGAAAACAGAAUUCCCUUUCUUGGAAUAUGUCUAGGAAUGCAGGUUGCUGUCAUUGAGUUUGCACGAUCUGUUCUAGGAUUGAAAGAUGCAAAUAGCACUGAGUUCGAUCCUAGCACUCGAAAUCCUUGUGUUAUAUUUAUGCCCGAGGGCUCAAAAACGCAUAAGGGUGGUACAAUGCGUCUUGGAUCAAGGAGGACACAUUUCCAAGUAUCGGACUGCAAAUCUGUGAAAUUAUAUGGAAAUAGAAGAUUCAUAGAUGAGAGACAUAGGCACAGAUAUGAGGUAAAUCCUGAUAUGGUAGCACGCCUUGAAAAUGCCGGCUUAUCUUUCACUGGCAAGGACCAAACUGGUCAACGCAUGGAGAUUAUUGAACUACCCGAUCAUCCAUACUACAUUGGUGUUCAAUUCCACCCCGAAUUUAAAUCAAGACCAGGAAAACCUUCCGCCUUGUUCUUAGGUUUAAUAGGGGCAGCUUGUGGACAAUUAAAUGCUGUCCUACAAUCAGGGUUGGAGAGCCAAGAGAAGGUGAACUGUGAAACUGUUAAUUGUCCCUCUAAUAAGAAAGCUUACCAAAAUGGAUAUGCUACAAAGCCUACAAAUAUCAUAACAGAUGCUGUAUACAGUUAUUGUAACGGUGUGCAUUCUUAAGUGUCCUUUGAUUUGGUCAUAAUAUAAUGUAAUUUGUGUUUUUAUGUAAGAUAGUUAUUCUGACGUAGGCUUUUGCCGGCUAUAUAUACUCAGCCGCUAAGGUUGCCUUUUCUUCUAUGCUGCAAAACCACAGUUAGCCUAGUUAGCUAGUUGGAUCCUUAUGUUUUAACAAGGGUCCGGAGUGCUUGUUCUAUGUUUUCAGUUGUAAUAAUUUUAUUCUUCGCCUUUUAGGAAUGGCUCUUUAGUUGCAGCUCAUCAUUCUUCCACUUGCCUAUUACUAUAACCACCACAUGUUGGUAUGUAGAGAUAAAAAUGAAUUUAUGAAAAAUUAACGAAAGAUUUCGAGGCGUGUAUUAAUUUCGUUA